AUGAAAUCGGACGAUGCGGACGUCCUCCGCGCCCGAGUCCUCGAGCUCGAGGUUCAGCUGCAAACCACCAAAGCCCUCCUUCGAGACAUAGAGAGGUCAGGCUCGACAUCAACUUCAGAUCUUCGUCACAAUGGAGGAAGCCAGCUGUUGUCUCUACCCAUCACCCUGCCAAUAGGCCAUUCAAUGCACAACCUCAUGCUCCUCUCCGAUUCAGCUCUUCCCCUCGGAUCGUUCGCCUACUCAAGCGGUUUGGAAUCCUUCCUAGCCCACCACAAACAAGUUCCUCCAAUGCCCGGGCAGACAAAUCUGUCCCUUUUCCACAAGUUCCUCAAGCUUUCCAUACAGUCGAUGGCAUACACAAACAUCCCAUACGUCCUUGCUGGCUUUCGUGAUCCUUUGGCCCUCAUGGACCUCGAUAACGAUCUCGAUGCGAGCACGCCCUGCAACGUCGCGAGGAGAGCAAGCAUCGCUCAGGGCCGUGCACUGUUAAGUGUUUGGGAGAAAGCUUUCGCUCCCGCUGUGAAACUGCAGCAUGAGGAGGGCGGGGAAGGAAUCGAAGCUGCCACCACGCUUCGAGUCUUUGCUCGAGACUUGAAGCUUUCAGCUCUGUCUCCUGCUGGUCCUUCCAACAGCAAUGCUCACCAAAUACCCGCGGUGAACGGCCAUCUUGCCCCCCUUUGGGGCGUUAUCUGCCUUUCCCUCGGCCUCAAUCUAGAAGAGUCGGGCUAUCUUUUCCUCUUCAACCACUCCAAAGCCGUCAUUAGCGCAGCCGUUCGCGCCUCCGUGAUGGGGCCUUAUAUGGCACAGAACGCACUCGCGUCCAAAGAAUUGCAAGAGCUGUUACGUGGCUGUCUAGAAAAAGUCUGGUUGAUGAGACCGGAGGAUGCAGGACAGGUAGCCCCAAGCAUGGACCUGUGGGUCGGAAGACACGAGUUGCUUUAUAGCAGGAUUUUCAAUUCGUGA